UUCAUCAGAAACAACUUCAGAAUGAAGAUCCACCCUGUUCUGCUCUUCUGCUUCUUAUCAGUGCUGCAGGAUGGAAACAUUGGUCUCAUCAAUGCAAAACUCCCCAGUUUUACAAAAACUGAAGGACAAAAUAUCACAGUUCCAUGUAACUUUACAGAGACUGGAGACAGGAGGUACUUCUGUAAACACAAAUCUGAAGAAAGAACCAGUCCUAAAUUGUAUAAUGACUGUGUUCAAGCAGAACGCAUUCUUGAAAUGGAUGGUGUCAGUGCUCAAAGAGGCAGAUACAGCAUGAGAUAUAAAACCACACGUACAGGAAGUCGUCUGUAUGUGACCAUCACACAUCUGAACAAAUCUGACUCUGGACGUUACACCUGUGCUUUGGAUAAAUUCUUUAUAGAUCCAUACCAGGAGUUUAAGAUCAUCGUCACAGAUGGUCCGUCCACUUCAACACCAAAGAUGACUACUAGACCCUUUUUAACAUCGGCCCCAUCAGCUUCCACAACAACAACAACAACAACACAGAGUUUCAGAAGAAGCACAGAACCUUCAUCUUCCCCUAAAACGACCAACCGGCAGCAAACUGAGACAACAACUGGAGGUAACAUCUUGUAUGUGGCUGUUUCUGUGACUGGGGUUGUUGUCCUGUUGGCUGUUUUUCUACCGCUCCUGUACAAGUGUAUAAAAAGAAAAAGCUCCAGUGAUUUGAACAGCAGGGUCUACUUAACCGACACAAAUAUGGAGUCUGUCAUCUAUGAGAAUUGUGCUAAAGUCUCCAAAUUGGCGGAGCCUGUCUACGAAAACUACAAUCCAUCCUCCACCUACGAGACCCUCAAUACAACCACAAUGGCUCAUGACGUGUACUCCACACUGGGACAGCAAAUAUAA